GGCGGAGGCCUCUCUUUCCAUCAUCAUCCAUGGACCAUUCGUUCGAUCUCAUCUCGCCGUCUCGCAAGCCAGAGCAAUCGGACCCGACCAUGGCGCAAAAGAACGCAACCCGCAUCUGACCCACCACCGCAAAAGCCCCCCGUUAUCAUCUUCUUCCCCUCACGGUCCGACCACUAACACCAGAGCAAAAGGGUCACCGCCUCCACUACCAUAUUUCCCGGCGACUGCUGCUCGCUCCGGUCACGUCUCGAGCUGCAAAACAAGGAAGACGAAAGGGAUGUCGACCCUGCAGAUGUCUCUCCUCGUCCCAGCCCCUCCACGAACCCUCUCCUUCUCAAGAGCCCUGGGUUCCCCGAAUGCCCAGCUCUUCCUCCUCCGCACCGGGCUCUCCCACCUCUCCCUCCGGCAGACCCCAAGAACGAUGACGCCGAUCCGGAUGGGGGGAGGGCCGAGGACCUUCCCGGGCGGCGUCUCCAAGUGGCAGUGGAAGCGCAUGCAGAAGAAGAAGGCCAAGCAGCUCCUCAAGGCCCGCCUCUGCCGCGAGCGCCACAUUUACGAGAUGCGCAAGCGGGCCGAGCUCAAGGCCGCCGUCUCCGAGCUCGAGAGGCCGUGGGAGGCCGUCGAGAAGGCCACGCGGCUGUUCUCCGUCAGCGCCGACGACCAGCUGAAGGUGCUCGCCGACCGGUUCCAGCGGCCCGGAGGGUUUGACAUGUGGACCGAUAGGGACGGGCCACAGGUGUUCGGCAGGGCGGAGGCGGAGCUUCCUUCCGCCAGGUUUUUUCCCAAAGGGGUUGUGCACAGCGUGAUGCCUUAUGGGAGAAUCGGUGGUGGCGAGGACGACGAAUUGGAUGGCAGUUCGAGGAAUAGCGGUGGCGAGGCGAUAGCUCAACGGAAUGGCGGUUACAGGGGGAGGAAAUUUCGCCGGGUACGCCAGAGGGGAGUGAUUGGGAAAGAGGGGUAUUCGGGUUCUGAGUCGGUUGAUUCGGAUGGGAAGAAUAUGAGUUUUCAAGGCUCUGUGGAACGGAGUGGCGUGGUGGCAGUGAAGAACGAGAAGGAAGUCGGUGUCGGUCUGAGGAAGGUAGGUGAUAGGAGGAGGGACCACGGUGGGUCGAAUGCGGAGAAUUAUAGGAGAAUUGGGACUGAUCAGAAGAAGAGAGGGGAGAGUUACUCCGGUCGAGCUCGUGGUAGCAGGAUUGGCGAAAUAAUUGAGGGUUUGAAGAAGCCAAGGGAUUCGGUUUCAGAUGUUUAUGAUGUGAGUUUGCAGCAUGAUGGAAGUUACGGGCUGUAACUAUCCAUAGGUCAUUUGGUUCAAAUUUUGGGGCUUAGGAGAUUGAAAUUGGUGAGGCAUGUAAAACUUCUGUCGCGUAAUGAGACUUGCAUAAUUGGCAACGGAGUUGACGAUGGUCGAGCCACCCUGUGAUGGAAGAAACGUGUCUAGAAGACGGUCAGGUAGAAAUCACUCAUUGCUUUGAGAUGUACAAAUAUAUUAGGCUUAUAGUUGUUAGUUAUCUCUUGUGGUACAUUGGCCUUCUCAUUUGUAUAUUGGAUGCAAUAGUGGAAUUGUCAUAGGUUCAAAAUCCAUGAGACCAGGAAAUAUCAUGCACAUCUGCACAGACAUUACAUGUCUGAACCAGCUUCAUGACACAGAAUAUGCUUUAUCAUGAGCUAUGCAGACUGAAGAUGACUUGUUUAAGCUACCUGCUGUGAUUUUCACUUUCAAAUUGGUCUGUUAUUAGCUUUACUCAUGGACUGUUGUGGGGAAUUGCAAGUGAGAACGUCCUUGAUAGGCUUACAUAUUCUGUUGGUA